UCCGCCCCUACAUGCGGCUCGCGACCGGGACCCGGUGAGGAGAAAAGGCGGAGGGUGGAAGAAGAGUGGAAAAGGGCGGAGCCCGCGGUCUUAAAUAGGAUGGUGGUGGGCAGGAGACGUGCGGUUGGAGUGCACGGACGGGGUGUGUGAUGUGAGGCGCGCGUCUUGGGAUGUGGGACUCCCGGCUCCUCUUCGGUAGCAGACUCUCCCCUCCCCCUUUAUCUCCCCUCCAGCUUAGAGCCUCCGCUCACGAGGGCAGCACGUGGAAGCCAGCAGCAACUUGGGUCUGCAACGUGUGUGAGAGAAUGGCUGUAUGCUACUGUGUAGCCUCCCCCCUCUGGGCCGCGCGGCCCUCGUGACUCUCCGAUCUCUGGCUCCCUCUCCCCGCCUCCUCCUCCUACAAGUUGGGUGCCUCCUGCCCUGCUGGGUGAGGAGGGUGGGGACUGCCGCCGAGAACACCGCGUCCUCUCCCAGACUCCCACUGGGGCGGCUCCUCCGGCCCUUUCCUUACAUAACCCGCCACGCACGUUACCAGCUCAGAUGCCAGUCGGCCACGACUGUAGAGGUCAAAGCUGAGCUCGGGUGUUCUGACUUUUCUAUCCAGGCUCCUCCGGCCUUGCGCCCUGAAUUCCGUGUUCCCUAACGUAGAGAACGGAGUAUGGGUUCCAACAGGAUCUUCCCCUCCCCCGCUCCGCAGCUCUUCAAGAAGACGCAGAAUUGCUACCACCCUUCCCCACAAAAUAACGAAAGGAAGCCGCAGCCAAGGUCCAAUGGGACCCAGGAAGCCGGGCCAGUCCCGGCCCACUCCCUCCUUUUACCAGCUCAAGCCACUCCCAGGACCGAAGUCGAAGGCUUAGUAGGGCAGGAGGACUACAACUCCCGGCAGGUUGUGCUGCCUUGUCCCCGCCCCCGCAGCUCCGCCUCCGCCGAGUCUUCAUUGGCCUUCGGGGGGUGGGGAUUGGAUGGGAGGUGGCCAUGGUGCUGCGGCCGGGAUUUGUUCCCUCCUCGGCUUCCGUAG